UUCCCCUCCGCCGACCAGCUAAGAAAAGGAAACUUGCUGGUCUCGAAAUCAAAUGGGUCCGUUGGUGCUCCAGCUAGUCAACAAUCUCAACAUCGCCGAGUUGGGAAAACUGCCAUUGUCUCACUCUUGGCCCGGCGGAUUCUCUAUUUCAUCCCCUCGCCGAAGCUGGAUUAAGUACUGUAUCUCUGGAAUAAUCGUCCCGGCAAGUCAACCGAAAUCAUGCCUUCCUUUCCUUGCUCUUGCUUCGGUUUUGCAGUCCUCGGCAGGAACCCCAGAGCUGCAUAGUCUGAGAGAGAGAGAGAGAGAGAGAGAAGACGAGAUGAUGCGCGUAUGCCGCUCAAAGCGCCUCUGCCUCUCCAUGGUUACCCGUCGAGAGUUCACUUCUGUCUCAGAAGAAUGCCCAUCGGCAGCUGCUGCUCGUCCUCCUCCGAUCAGGGUUUCGAUGACGGAACAUGCUGGAAGAGGUGUGUUUGCUACUCGAAGGAUCAACUCCGGGGACUUGAUCCACACCGCGCAACCUUUGGUCACUCAUCCGGCUCUUUCCCUAAUAGAUAAGGUUUGUUACCUAUGUCUGAAGCGAUUGAAGUUGGGCCCCAAACAGAAAGAGAUGCCUGAUGGUGAUACCCUUUUCUUUUCCAGUGAACAUAGGUUGCACCAACACAAUUUAAACAAUGGGCUGCAUGUUUCUUUCUGCAGUGAGAAAUGUUAUAAUUGUUCAAAGGGAUUCUUUGAUGUGGAGAAGAAAGCAGAUUGGUCAUCUUUCCAUGAUCAUUGCAGUAUGAAGGGGCUGAAAUAUCCAUUUUUAGUAAAACGGCUGUCUUGCAUGGUUCUCUCAGGGGCAGCACCAGCUGAUAGUCUUGACAUACUUCAGCCUGCUGUUUUACCAUCCAACUUGAUUUCAGAGUUGAAUGUGGAGUUCCAGUUGCUGAGAAGCAUUCUUGUAAGGUCGGGAGUAACUGAUGAACAGUUGUUCUUUCUUACUCGAGAAUGGUACAUCAAUGUGCUUUCUCGCAUUCGUAUCAACUCAUUCCGUGUCGAAUUGGUUGGAGGAAUUUCGGAGGAUCUCCUGGCAUCAGCGGUGGCCUCCAUUUCAGCAGAAGCAUCCGUAGGAAAUGCAGUUUAUAUGAUUCCAUCCUUCUAUAACCAUGAUUGUGAUCCAAAUGCACACAUAAUAUGGAUAGAUAGUUCACACGCAAGGAUGAAAGCCCUGAGCAACAUCGAACCAGGUGAAGAGAUACGGAUAUGUUACAUCGAUGCAAGCAUGGACCAUGAAGCUCGCCAGGUGCUGCUUUACAACGGGUUCGGUUUCAAGUGUAAAUGUCUUAGGUGUUUAUCAGGGGAUUAAGUGAUUGUAGGUUUGUUUUCCUAUGUCAUUUAUUCUUUAGAUCUUCUGCUGUUCUACUAAGACUAGUGCUGGGAGAACUGAAAGGUCACGCAUCUCUCUCUCUCUCUCUCUCUCUCUCUCUCUCUCUCUCUGCGUGUGUCACUGUGUGACAACACGGAUGUACGGUUACAGGUAGAAUCAGUUUGACAUUAAUUA